UUAUUAUUAGUAGUAGUAGUAGUGUUUUAAUUAUUAUAAUAAUGAUUAUUAUUAUUACUGCUAUAUCCCCUCCUCUGUCUGUGUGGUUAAGGGCGCCCUCUGUCGGCGGUGGGAGGUGCUGCCCUGGAGGAAAUGCUAAGCUCAGUGUUUCUCUUUCUGCUGACACGUCCCUCUAGAUAAGGAGAUUACAUUUCCUCUCCAGUGUGCGGUCAAAUAUCUCACUGGAAAAUGAUACCAAUAAGCGUAUCAACAUAGCGACGACGAGGCGCACUUUAAUAAGCAUACACACCGGGUCCGGCGGCCGGUGAAUCCCGGGGAGAUCUGUCUCAGCUCCACCGUUAAACCAUCAUUCCCACUUUUUCCGCUAAAAGCCGUCGCGGGGCUUGGAAGCCCUCGUAGCUCCGCCCCCGAUUACUGCAGUUCCUCACAAGCGCUGCGGAGUGCACCUUUGCUCAGGGCACUCUGCAAAAAAAAAAGAAAGAAAUAACAUUUACCAACGGGGAAAGCCGUUUUUUUUUAUCAUUGUCGGUGCCGGGCUUUCGUGUGGAUUAUGGGGUGGGAUUAAUGAAUGAUUCUCAGUAUGGAUGAAUAAUCAGAUUAACGUUCGCAGGACGGCUCGUUUGAACGCUGCAUCCACAUUAGCUCUGCAAUGUACCAGACGUUACGCACGUCUUUACUGUCAAACGCCCGGUGCUGGGAUGCCACCAGUCAGCGGUCCUACCAGGACCUGUUUAACAGGCUCGAUGCCAACCAGGACGGCAAGGUGGAUGUCGCCGAGUUACGGGCGGGCCUGAAAGCGAUGGGGAUAUUCCGCCACGGUGCCGCUCAGAAAAUCGUGUCAUCCGGCGACCAAAACAAAGACGGCUGUUUGGACUUCAACGAGUUCACCAAGUACCUGAAAGAGCACGAGAAGAAGCUGUGGCUGACCUUUAAGAGUCUGGACAGAAACAACGAUGGACGCAUCGACGCUUCGGAGAUCCAGCAGUCCCUGGCAGAGCUGGGCAUGGACGUCAGCAGGGAGGAUGCACUGAAAAUCCUACAGAGCAUGGACAUUGACGGGACCAUGAUGGUUGACUGGAACGAGUGGAGAGAGCAUUUCCUGCUGUACCCUGCCCACAACCUGGAGGAAAUCAUCCGAUACUGGAAGCACUCUUCGAUGGAGCCUGACUCCAUACUCUGGGAGCUCGGAGAGACGUCUGUGCUGGACUUAGGGGACAGUCUUGCCAUCCCAGAUGAGUUUACAGAAGAAGAGAAGAGCUCAGGUUUGUGGUGCAAGCAGCUGGCCGCAGGUGCCAUGGCGGGGGCCGUCUCUCGCACCGGCACCGCCCCGCUGGACAGAUUGAAAGUCUUCAUGCAGGUCCACUCCACUAAGACCAACCAGAUCAAUCUGGUUGGGGGCAUCAGGCAGAUGAUCGUAGAGGGAGGUCUGACUUCACUGUGGAGGGGAAACGGAAUCAACGUUUUAAAAAUCGCACCCGAGACCGCGAUCAAGUUUAUGGCGUAUGAGCAAGGAAAGAAGAUUGAGACGCAUAAGAGGUUUAUGGCUGGCUCCAUGGCAGGUGCCACUGCCCAGACUGCCAUUUACCCAAUGGAGGUGUUAAAGACUCGUCUAACCCUGAGGAAAACUGGCCAGUAUGCAGGAAUGUUCGACUGUGCCAAGACGAUCCUGAGGAAGGAAGGCGUCAUAGCUUUCUACAAGGGCUACGUUCCAAAUUUACUCGGCAUAAUUCCUUAUGCUGGGAUAGAUCUAGCUGUUUAUGAGACUCUGAAGAACACUUGGUUGUCGUACUAUGCCAAAGACUCGGCUAACCCUGGUGUCGUGGUGUUGCUGGGCUGCGGGACCAUCUCUAGUACCUGUGGCCAGUUGGCCAGCUACCCUCUUGCACUCGUACGCACACGAAUGCAGGCGAGAGCGUCUCUGGAUGCAUCAGACCAGCCUUCCAUGACAUCUCUAUUGAGGACAAUUGUAGCCAAAGAUGGUUUCUUUGGGCUCUAUCGGGGCAUCAUGCCAAACUUCAUGAAAGUCAUUCCUGCUGUCAGCAUCAGCUAUGUGGUUUACGAGUACAUGAAGACUGGCUUAGGAAUCUCUUAAUGACACUCCAAGCAAAUGAGAGAGAACGUUCACUGCAUUUGUAUUUGACUUGAAAAUGCUUGAAAGAAAAAAGAAAAGAAAAAAAACUUCAAAAAGCCAGGUAGACAUAAAAUAUUCCGAGCAUGACCUCAUCAGUUCUUUGGAUGGAGAGCUGUGUGUUGUAAGAGUUGCCUGCCAGUAGCUAAUGUUUUAAGUGCAUUGUGGUGCGCAUGCUUUAUUAUUUAUUUUUUAACUUGCACAUAAUACACUCUACUUUUAAACAGUCCCAAAAAAUGCUUGAAACGGUUCUGUAGAUGAUACAAAGAAAAUAAGUUUAAAAAUGUGUUAUUUAAUUUAAGGUUCUGGUUUUCUUUGAAAUUGUAUGUAACAAAAUUUGGAUACAAUGCUGUGCUUUUUGUUACUUUUUUUUUUGCCAUGAAGAGAAAGUUGGCUCUUUAAAGCCAUGUUUGUGCAGGAAUGUAACGUAUGAGAGUAACACUAUCUCUUUUUUAAAUCUUCACAUGUCCACGCAUGUUCAAACACUGGAGAUGUAACUCAACACUUCUGGACACC